GAGGAUACCCAUUUUUUAUAUUUAUCAAUGGCCACCAACCGAAUGCAGUAGUAGUAGUAGACGCCAAGCACCCAUCUCGUGAACAAUUCUGAUACUUUCUAUCUUUGAUUUUCAUCAGUGAUCAAGAAAGUUGAAAUUUUUAGUUUGAACAAAUUUUGGGUUUUUAGAAUGGUGAGCGCGAUUGAAGAUGAGGAGGUGUUGUCGACGACCCAGAUAGAGGGAAGAAUAAAUUCAGAGCUGAUGGAUGUGGAAAUGAAAAGAAUUCCUCCCUGGAAUAAACAGAUCACAUUUCGGGGAGUUAUUGCAAGUAUUUUAAUCGGAAUCAUAUACAGUGUGAUAUCGAUGAAGCUUAAUCUAACGACUGGGAUUGUUCCCAAUCUGAAUGUCUCUGCUGCUCUUCUUGCCUUUGUGUUCAUCCAGACAUGGACCAAGUUGCUUCAGAAGUUCGGUUUUAUGCCCACUCCUUUCACCCGUCAAGAGAAUACAAUCAUUCAGACAUGCGCUGUCGCAUGUUACAGUCUUUCUUUUGGAGGUGGGUUUAGUUCUUAUUUGCUGGGAUUGAACAAGAAGACAUAUGAGCAAGCUGGUGUUGAUACAGAGGGGAACACUCCGGGAAGUUAUAAGGAACCUAAUUUAGGUUGGAUGAUGCCUUUCCUCUUUGUUGUCAGUUUCGUUGGCCUCCUGGCUCUAGUUCCCUUCAGAAAGAUCAUGAUUAUAGACUACAAAUUGGCUUACCCAAGUGGAACUGCCACCGCUGUUCUUAUCAAUGGUUUUCACACCCAAAAAGGAGAUGAGAUGGCCAAGAAGCAAGUUAAGGGGUUUGGGAAAUUCUUCUGCUUCAGUUUUGCUUGGAACUUUUUCCAGUGGUUUUACACAGCUGGGGAAGGGUGUGGAUUCUCUAACUUCCCUACAUUCGGAUUGCAAGCUUUGAAGAAUUCGUUUUACUUUAAUUUCAGCACGACAUAUGUUGGGGCAGGGAUGAUCUGCCCACAUGUCGUGAACUUGUCUCUUCUUUUCGGAGCUGUUCUGUCUUGGGGAGUAAUGUGGCCAUUAAUUGGAGAGAAAAAGGGAGACUGGUUCCCUUCUUCUUUACCCACAAGCAGUAUGAAAAGCUUAAAUGGUUACAAAGUUUUCAUUUCUAUUUCUCUGAUCUUAGGAGAUGGUCUCUACAAUUUUAUCAAGAUACUGUUUUUCACUGGUAGGAGCAUGUGUGGAAAAUUGAAGAAGAGGAAUCUCAAGACAUUUCCAGUUGAAGCCGAAAAUACAUCGCGGACUGAUCUCCAGAGGAAUGAAGUAUUCACUAGGGAGGGAAUUCCAUUGUGGGUAUCCUGCAUAGGAUAUCUGAUCUUCUGGGUAAUUUCGAUUGUGGUGAUCCCACUAUUGUUCCCCGUCCUCAAAUGGUACUACGUUGCAAUCACUUACAUAAUCGCCCCUUCUCUAAGCUUCUGCAAUGCGUAUGGAACGGGUCUGACUGAUAUGAACAUGUCUUAUAAUUACGGGAAAGUUGCGCUCUUUGUUCUCGCGGCCAUUGUUGGUAAAGAGUCUGGUGGUGUGGUUGCUGGUCUCAUCGGAUGCGGUCUGAUUAAAUCGAUGGUCUCAAUUUCCUCUGAUUUGAUGCUUGAUUUGAAGACGGCUCAUCUGACCCUGACGUCUCCAAGAUCAAUGUUGAUUAGUCAAGCAAUCGGGACGAUCAUCGGCUGCAUUGUCGCCCCUUCGACGUUUUUCCUCUUCUACAAAGCUUUCGACAUUGGAAAUCCGGACGGUGAAUAUAAGGCACCUUACGCAAUUAUAUACAGGAACAUGGCGAUUUUGGGUGUGGAAGGUUUCUCUGCUCUGCCCGCCCACUGUUUGCAGCUCUGUUAUGGGUUCUUCGGAUUUGCGGUGUUGGCUAACUUGAUAAGGGACCUAGGACCCAUGAAAGUUCGGGGGUGGGUCCCGUUGCCGAUGGCCAUGGCGGUGCCUUUCCUUGUGGGGGCUUACUUUGCAAUCGACAUGUGCGUGGGGAGUUUAGUGGUGUUCAUUUUGAACAGGUUGAACAGGACGAAAGCGGCCUUGAUGGUUCCUGCAAUUGCUUCUGGACUGAUAUGUGGAGAUGGGUUGUGGAUCCUCCCUUCCUCUGUUCUUGCAUUGGCUGGCGUGAAGCCGCCAAUUUGCAUGAAAUUUUCAUCGGGAUGAAGGUCAAUAUGAUAUAGAAAGGGUUACAUGAUCGGUCAUUUAUUUAUAGAAGAAUAGGGAAGCUAGUUAGCUAGCUAGGAUUUGUGGUUCCUUCCACAGACUAAGAAGAAGAUAUAAGCUAACAAUUUAGAAAGGCAAUUCCAAUAAACUAAUGAGACUGAGAUAAUACUUCAUAAUACUAUAUAUUUUAUUUCUAUGUUUACAACACAUUAUGCAUUUGAGUUGGUGCAUUACAAUUUUAUUGA